UAUGUUUGGUGCGGUUAAUAUUUUGCUGUUCAUUUUUCUUUAUUUAUUUUGGACUUCACAUAGUACACAAUCAUGCAUAAGCCAAAGUUCAGCUAACAGAACACAUUCAAGUGUUUGCUGUUGAUACAUAAGGUGGUUGACAGUGGAAUAAUUUCUGAAAAUGACUUUCUUUGGACCUUUAUAUUAAAACAUUUGUUUAGUUGAGGUUGCUAAGAUAAUGGUAGACUAUUUAGAUGAGCAAGGAUGCAGAAUGAAAUGUUUGAUGCGGUUAAUAUUUUGCUGUUCAUUUUUCUUUUAGGUUUUUGCCCAUGAAAAUGUGUUGAGUGAAUAUGACACAGCGAAAGAUGAGCUCAUUAGUCUAAGUGAAUUUAUUGGAGAUGUUCGAACUAAUGGUAAGCACAGAGGAAUGCUGUUUUUUUUCUCAACAUACUAUGAUAGACAGAAUGGUUUGUAAAUUCUGAGUUCACUUUCCUGCUUUAUAAUGUCUGUUUAUGUACUUUAGAGCAGGAUGGGUUGCUGGAAUGAUAAUUUAUAGAAAACAUUUAGAAAGAUGUCUAAAAGCAUGUACUUACAGUAUCUAUCAAAUAACAACCAACUUAAAUGUUACCUUAGAUGCAGGCUGUAUGUGGUAGCUGACACCACACCAAAACACUUCCUCAUUUGAGUCAAACUAGUGAACCAAGCCCUGUGUUCCAGCUGGGGGUUUCCUGUGCGUACAUCUUCACUGGCUUUGACAACCAUCAGUGCUUUCUUUACUGAAUCCACUCGCAGAGUAUAUUAUAUUUGGUCUUUUGCUGAGAUGACUUUACAAUUCAAAAAUGUAUUUUGGGGAGUGGAUUUCAUCAGUAAUGUGGGAUAUGAGGCUCUCAUCCAGAGGCUCUGUGAGGGUCGACGGAUGUGCAAAGAUAUGGAGGAGCUCUUGAAGAUGAGGGCAUCUGCUGAAGAGAGAUAUGGCAAAGAGUUGGUGAUGAUUGCACGCAAGGCAGGGGGACUCUGUGAGAUCAACACUUUGAAAGCAUCCCUUGACCAACUCAAAGUCCAAAUUGAGAACAUUGGGAACCUACACAUACAACUGUCUGGGGUGUUAAAGGAAGAGGUCAAGAGGAUGGAACAGUUCAGGGAGCGACAGAAAGAGCAGAGAAAAAAGUUUGAAGGCAUCAUGGACAAGGUUCAGAAGAUAAAGGUGUCUUUACACAAGAAAACAAUGGAGUCUAAGAGAACUUAUGACCAGAGGUGCAGAGAGGCGGAUGAGGCCGAGCAAGUUGCUGAGAGGAUGAUCAGUGUAGCUACCACCACACCCAAGCAGGCUGAGAGGGUGCACAACAAGUCUAAGCAGUGCAGGGAGGCAGCAGCAGAGGCAGAAAAACAAUACAUGUCAAAUAUUGAUCAGCUAGACAAGAUUCGUCAAGAAUGGGAAACUACACACGAGAGUACUUGUGAGAUCUUUCAGCAGCAGGAGGGAGAUCGUAUCAACAUCCUGAGGAAUGCCAUCUGGGUCCACUGUAACCAAUUCUCAAUGCAAUGUGUCAAAGAUGAUGAGUGUUAUGAAGAAGUGAGGAAAACUCUAGAACUGUGUGACAUCACCGCAGACAAUGACUGCUUUGUUGAGAUGAAAAGCACUGGCUCAAGUCCACCAGCUCCCAUUGUGUUUGAGAACUAUUAUGAGAGAGAGCCCUCGACAGACAGCAAUGGCAGUGCCUGCUUUGUAGGAGGAGUUAUGAAGAGGUUUUCAAACCUUCUGCAAGGGAACUCAUCGACUGGCUCUAAAACAAACGUCAAUGACAGUUCACAGCCACUAGCACCACCUACUGCCAACACAUCAGAUGGAGUGUACGCCUCCAUUCCUGGAUUUCAGCAAGUGCAGCCAACCAUCUCAGAGAGCAGAGAGGAGUACCAGGCUAUGUAUGACUAUGCUGCUCAGGGUGAGGACGAGCUGUCCAUGUUUGCAGGGGAGACGGUUGUGGUCAUUGAACAAGAUAUGGAUGGCUGGUGGACUGUGGAGAGAAACGGCAUUUCAGGACUGGUCCCUGGGUCCUAUCUGGCCAAAGAAUGAACUAUCCUUGGCACAAGUAAGGACCUGAGCCCUAGGACCAUGCCUCAGGACUACCUGGCCUGAUGACUCCUUGCUGUCCCCAGUCCACCCUGUCAUGCUGCUGCUCCAGUUUCAACUGUUCUGCCUGCGGCUAUGGAACCCAGACCUGUUCACUGCACGAGCUACCUUGUCCCGGACCUGCUGUUUUGGACUCUCUCUCUACUGCACCUGCUGUCUCUAACUCUGAAUGAUCGGCUAUGAAAAGCCAACUGACAUUUACUCCUAAGGUGCUGACCUGUUGCACUCUC